GAUGAUGAUAAAUAUCACCAAGGUAACCAUAUAUGGUUCUCACUGUUUUCAACUUAAUUUAUUCUCACCUCGUUCUCCACCUCAUCUUUAUGCUCAUAAGAAGUUAAGAGCUCUACUUUCCCUCCUCACAAAAGUAUCCUUAUUGUGUUAAAUUCAUUUCCCUUCAGACACUCUUUUGUCUCUUCAUCCUUCAUCAUAUCAUCUGUGGAGAAGGAUUUCGAACAUUAGAUCAAAAAUGGGAAAACAUCAAGCAAUAGCUGCACUGAUCUGCCUGUUGAUCGUCUGCCUGGACAUAGUAGCUGGGGUACUUGGAAUCCAAGCAGAGGUUGCUCAGAACAAGGUGAGACAUUUAAAGCUUUGGAUAUUUGAAUGUAAAGAACCAAGCAGUGAAGCUUUCAAGUUAGGGUUAGCUGCAGCUGCACUCCUGGCACUAGCUCAUGUUAUAGCUACCUUGCUUGGUGGGUGUGUCUGUAUUUGUUCAAAAGAUGAGUUGGAUAGAUCUUCUGCUAACAAACAAUUGGCAGCUGCUUGCUUCGUUCUUUCUUGGAUUGUAUUAGUUGUUGGAUUCUCGGUAUUGAUAAUAGGAGCACUCGCGAACUCAAAAAAUAGGUCAUCGUGUGGGAUCUCACACAACAAAUUUCUAUCCAUUGGAGGGAUAUUAUGUUUUGUUCAUGGACUAUUUUGUGUAUCCUACUAUGCUUCUGCCAAUGCUGCAACAGAAGAUGCCAAGAAAUUCAACAACGGAUCCCAUGCGUAACCUUGUCAAAUCGAACUUGUCAUUCCUAUUUCAACUUUUUUGCCUUGUUUUUUGUGCUUCCUUUUCCUCCGUAUGUUUAGUGCUAAUUAACAAAUGUCUCCUAAUUUGAUAUGUAUUUUUUUUUAUUGGAAUGAGUUUUUUUGGGUUGGGUUUUAGAUACAAACUGCUAUUAUCUAUCGUGUAAUUAAUCCCAUCGGAUCGAACCGACUCAACCCGACUUCUGGCUGUUAGAUAACAA